AUGCACACAGCAGAACAAAGAUACAACUGUCUGUCCCGUGAGCUCCUGCAGUUGACUACAGGGUUCUUUUUGCCCGUGACCACCCUAGUCAGCUUUUCUCUUCUCAGCCUCAUCUUCAUUCACCGAUAUAUCAAAUAUCGUCGUCUGAGACAAACAAACAUCACCCCUAUAUCUCAAUCCAAACAAGAAGAAGACCAAGACUUCUGCUUCCAGUCUACCAUGGAAAAAGGAAAUAUCGUCUCAUCGGCCUCGCGCCCUCCAUCGGCUUGCGAUAUCCUACAGCCUUUAUCGCAUACAAGCCUCCUGCCAAGCAGUGGAGCCCUCGCGGCCCAGGCUAGAGAACAGCAACGUGAGAUAUCGUCCACGGCGAGUAGUCCUCCAUCUCCAAUGGCAUCUUCGUUUGAGGUGGGCGAGGAGGUGCAAAAACGCAAUGAAACGAUCCAGCAAAUGUGUGAUGAGGAUGACGAGGGAGUGCGGACUUGGAAGCGCGUUGUUGUGGAGUAUAGAUAG